AUCCUGUUCCAGCUUCGCCAGCUCUUCAAGGCCAGAUUGGAGCCAGCGCCCCAGGCCAACGGAGUUGUGCGCUUCUUCUGUGACCCUACCUUCUGGGCCAAAAAUGUGGUUAAUCUAGGUAAUUUGGUAAUCGAAAAGCCGCCACCACCUGCACAGCCACCUGGUGUGAUGGUAGGAGGACCCCCCAUUUCUCCAGGCCAAGGUCACCACGGGAAACACCCGGGACAGAUCAACCUGGCUCAGCUCCGGCUGCAGCACAUGCAGCAGGCGGCAUACGCACAGCAGAAGCAGCAGCAGCAACAACAGCAGCAGCACCAGCAGCAGAUCCAGCAACAGAUGCGAAUCGCCUCCCAGAUGUCUCAGCAGCAUGCCAGACAGGCCGGCCCACCCAUGGCUCAGCAGCAG